UUCAACAGAGGGGCUGCUCCUUCUUGGAUUUGCCAGAGUGUAAGAUAGGAGAAGAAGAAUGGAGAAUAAUAAGCCAGUGAAGGAGGUUCUCCCCCUGCCUCGCCACCCCACCCCGCUUCCUGUGACCUCCACCGCUCCAACCCCUGCUGCCUCCUCAAAAAAACACACUACCGGGUCCAUCCAGCAGGUUCAACUGGCCUCCUCAGUGGUGACAUCCUUCAAUCACCUGAGGCCUCCAGAGAGAGACCUCACGCCGAUGUCUCGGAUGAAGCCUAUUAAAUCGCUGAAGCAUGCCGGCUUAACUGCAGUCUUCACCGGGCAAACUGAGGUGCAAGAGGAGGUGCAGGAGGAGGUACCAAGUGUCAACAUGAUCUUGGCUGACAUUGACUCCCUGGUGCCAACCCACGAUGAAACUGGAUGCCCCAUACCAGAAUGGAAACGGCAGGUGAUGGUUCGGCAGCUCCAGGUCAGGAUGCAAGAUGAAGAGGUAGAGGAGGCACAGAAUAUGUUGAAUGGCGACAUGCCACUGGAUUCCUGGAAAUACUCCCAGACUCACAAUGCCAUCUUAGGGCCCUUUGGUGAACUCCUAAAAGAGGAAGAUCUGGUUUACUUGCAGCAGCAAAUUGAGUCUGUUUCUCUGCAGAAACGUUGCCAGGCUUAUGAAUUAGAGUUGACCAGGCUAACUGAGGAGUUAAAGGCAAUCUUACCUGAUCCUAUCGUCAAUAUUUCUCUCAACAAGAAGAUUCUACAAAGAAUGGACUCUGAGGGGAAAAUGCCCUUGACUCUACCCAUCUGGUGUGAUCGUGUCUCAGAGAUUGUCAAGAACAUGUCUCUGCUGGUGGCCAAUCUGACUAAAACUGCGGGGACAUCCGGUGGAUGUAGGAUACCCCAUAUUGGGAUGGCAUCUGCUUUCAGCCAUCGCUUGGAGAGCAGCAGCUGCAAUAGAGAAAAGAGGGAGAAGGUGGAGCGGGAGAUCCAACAGUCUGGUGUGUCAGUAAAAAACCUUAGGUCCAACUUUGAGGGUCAGAUUGGAAGCAUUUACCCCUUUGCUGGGGUUGUACAUGGUGCACAGCGACUGAAGGGGAAGAAUUGGAUUGGACCGUCAGCAGGAAGCAGUGAUGAUGUGAACACACACCUUAGUCAUGGCACCAUUAACACCUGUGGAGCUGUGAUGGAGACCACCAGCUUGAGGAAAGAGCGGAUAGUUGUGUUAUUCCUGAGUCACUGGAAAAAGUCUGCAUAUGCCAUUUCAAUGAAAGCAGCAAGACAGAGUCAAGAAAAACUUGCAGCAUCGGGGAAAGCGGCUACAGCUCAGCUGAAACAGAACCCCCACUCUAUGUUCCGGUUCUGCCAACAACGAGGUGCCGUGGACAAGAUUGUAAACUCCUGGAGGAAUAAGCUGGAGUUAAAGUGCACUCCAAAAUCCCAUUUGGUCUCAUCCCAAAAUUCAUGUCACUCCCAUGUUACCUACUCCCCAGAGCAGUUCCUGCCAGAUAUGGAUGGAGUUGCAAUGAGUCACGACAACUUGACCCUCGACCUCUUCAUGCUGGGUUAUUUCCACAUCUUGGAACAAGACCUGUCUGCUGAGGAAAGGAAGAUGAGACAUCUCCUCUGCUUUGAGGUUUUUGACCAUGUCAGCUUCUUCCCCUGGGAGAAGGUGCGGGAUUUCCACAAGGCUGUUCUCCAGGAAAUUCAGUCUGGGAGGCGGCAGUGGAGCGACGGCUUUGAAGAUCUCAAAACUCAAUUCUUCGGUGACUCAACGUGUCGCUGCCCAUCGUCAUUGGUGCCAGACUUUAAACCUGUACCUAAGGUUAUAGUCCAAAAUGCAACUCCAGAGGAGAGUGGCAGUGACACAGACGUUUCCUGUUUCAAUAAUGAAGAUAUAUGUAAAUAUAUCAAUCGCAGCUUUGCUUUCUGGAAAGAGAAAGAGGCGGAACUGUUUGACUUUCAACACUGA